CCCGGCUGCAAAAUGGCGAUCUCGUUUUACUGGCAGAGUGUAAUCAAAUAAAAGUCAGAUCGGAAUAUACGUGUCUAGCUUCUGACAUGUGAACGUACAGGGACUUGCAAGUAUUUCUUUCAUGAAGGAAACUUUCUAGAUUGUUUUGUAAUUAAUUCUCUGAGUAUUUGAUCAACUAUCAGUGAUACGUUUCUGACAGCGUGUUCGCAAUGGCCGAUGAAUCCGCUACAGUGCCUAAGAGGCGACAAUUGCGUGAGAGGACUAGGAAACUCUACACUGAUGAUUGGACCCUUGGAGAUGAGGACAUUGAGGGUAGAAGAUCUUUUCAACUUGAUGAAAAAAUUGAAUGCGAAAGAUACAACCUUAAUAACUUUACUGGUCUCUUUCGUGAAAUGACUGGACCUGAAUUAACAUUGGCAUACCUACAGAAACAUGGCCUAGGUAUACCUUUGCUCUUUCGAGAAAAGACAGGUCUGGGGUUACGAGUACCUAGUUCCAACUUUUCUAUUAAUGAUGUUAGAACAUGUGUCGGCUCCAAGAGAAUUUUGGAUGUUAUGGAUGUAAAUACUCAGAAGAAUGAGGAUAUGACAAUGAAAGAAUGGCAAAAAUAUUAUGAAGAACCAAAUAAGGAUAGACUUUUGAAUGUUAUAUCCUUGGAAUUCAGUCAUACGAAAUUAGAAAAUUAUGUGCAGUCACCUACUUUGGUUAGGCAAGUUGAUUGGGUUGAUGUCAUUUGGCCAAGACACUUGAAAGAGGCACAAGUCGAAGCAACGAAUCUUCUGGAGGAUAUGAUGUAUCCUAAGGUGCAAAAAUACUGCCUGAUGUCAGUAAAAGGAUGUUACACGGACUUCCAUGUUGAUUUUGGUGGAACAAGUGUUUGGUACCAUAUAUUACGUGGUGGAAAAAUCUUCUGGUUAAUUCCUCCAACUGAGAAGAACUUAGCACUCUACCAGGAAUGGGUUCUCAGUGGAAAACAAUCUGAUGUAUUCUUUGGAGACAUGGUGGAUAGAUGUGGCAGAAUAACUAUAACUGCUGGGAUGACUUUAUUUAUUCCCACGGGAUGGAUUCAUGCUGUGUAUACACCUCAAGACUCGUUAGUUUUUGGAGGAAACUUUCUACACAGUUUUGGUAUAGAUAAACAGCUGAAAGUCGCUCAGGUUGAAGAACAUACAAAAGUGCCACAAAAGUUCCGGUAUCCUUUCUUCACCGAAAUGCUUUGGUACGUUCUCGAGCGAUAUGUUCACGUGCUCCUGGGCCGUACACAUCUGGAUAUUCCUGAGACACAGCAUCAGCAUUCUAUGCCACAAUAUCAUCAACAUGUUCACUUGACGCCAUUCGAGUUACACGGCUUGAAGUCCAUUGUCAUGUAUUUGCAUUCAUUACCUUCCACCAAGAAAAAUGUUCCUGAAUUAAUACGUGAUCCGGUAGCCCUGAUUCACGACGUGAGAUGCCUAGUCGAACAGCACAGACACGAUAGUCCUGAAGCAGCUGUCACUGGGCAACCAAUUCUUCCACCCCCACCGCCAAUGACCAUAGCUGAUAGGGAACGAUUGAGAGCAUCUAAAAAGAAUUACUCGAAGAUGCAACGACAAUCUCAAGAUAAAUCUGAAAACAACCGAUCAGGAAUUCCUCGAAGAAGACGCACUAGAUGCAAGAAGUGCGAAGCCUGUACAAGAUCCGAUUGCGGCGAAUGCGUCUACUGUCAGGACAUGGUUAAAUUUGGUGGCAGUGGUCGAGCCAAGCAGACUUGCCUAAUGAGGCAGUGCUUGCGACCAAUGCUUCCUGUGACCGCUGCUUGUAAGGUCUGUCAGCUAGAUGGCUGGGGACAACAGCCAGCUCCAUUGAUGGGCAAACCAAUACCAGGAACACCAUCAAGUUUAAUGGAAUGUACAAUUUGCUUUGACAUAGUGCAUCCAGAUUGCGUCGGGGUAGAUCCACAAAGGAUAGCUGCCAGUGAAGACGUACCAAAUAGUUGGGAGUGUCCUGAAUGUUGUGAAAGCGGUCGAAACUUGGAUUACAGACCGCGACAGCCAAAAGCUAGAGCUAGAAAGGUGUCAGUGUCGAGUGGUGCUUCUUCAGCUCCCACAACCGAUUCAGAGAGAGCUACGACCCCCAGUAAACGUUCACGACCAGAUUCCAGUGAGGUGAAUCUUGAAACAACCGCCGGGAAUCAAGUAGGUUUCGAACCGUCAAAUGUGAACCAAUACGACUCGCAAUUCCAGGCGUGGAAUGAUCGUGAACCAGCCGAGGGUGAGCAAAGAACCGCGUUACGUACUCAAUUAGCUAUACAAUUAACUGGCUCAACUAGUAAGGCGUUAAAGAGACCUCAUGUGGUUGUGAGACCCGUACAAUUAUCCUCGGUUCAAAGAUCCGGACCAGAACUGAAUAGACAAUCGUUAGCAUAUGACAAGACAGCCAUCCUGGCUGUCUUCAGAUUGUUAAAUACCAAGGAGUUGGCACAAUGUGCUCUGGUCUGUCGUACCUGGGCAAGGUAUAGUAUAGAUCCUAGUCUUUGGAGAAAACUGGAUAUGUCGCAUUGCCAUUUGACAGCGGCACACUUAACAGGGAUAGCUCGUAGACAACCUGAGAGUCUCUCUUUAGAUUGGACGAACGUAACUAAACUGCAGCUAGCAUGGCUUCUUGGAAGAUUACCUCAGCUUCGAAAUCUCUCCUUACAAGGAUGCACCUGGUCAGGAAUAUGUGCCCUCAGGACGUGCACAUGUCCGCCAUUAACUUCACUAGACCUCAGUCAUGUAUCCGGCCUGAAUGACGCCAGUCUUAGGGAAGUCCUGAGUCCCCCAACGGAUUCCCGACCUGGUCUCAUCGACAAGACUUCCAGAUUAAAGUACUUGAAGAACCUAUCCCUAGCUGGAUGCGAUAUCACCGACGUGGCAUUGCGUUACGUCGCUCAGCAUCUACCCCAAAUUGAGACUAUAGAUCUCUCCUCUUGUGGACGCGUCACAGACGCCGGCGUCGCUCAACUUUGUUCCGCACCGGCGCAAGCAGUCACUACCCUGGUAUCUCUUAAUCUGUCCAACUGCAGACUUCUCACAGAAAUGUCUUUGGAUCAUUUAGCCAGGUGUAAAGUGCUGAAACGCCUCGACUUGAGACACACCACCCAGGUAUCCACACAGUCGGUGAUCAAAUUCGCAGCAAGAAGCAUUCAUAACCUGCAUGUAACAGACGUUAAACUUGUAGAAGAGAAAAAGCUUAAGUCGGAAGUGAAGGUGACGUGAGGUGAAAAUAUUUUCCACGAAGAUUCACAUCCGGUCAUCUGGCACCCAGUGCAAUCAUAUGGGUAACCAAUACCUUAAUAACGACGAAGUCAAUUUUCACAUGGACAACAUGCGUGAAUAUCGCUUAAUUCUAGUAAAAGGUUUUGUUUUUUUAAACGUUACGAAGACUUUACUUUUAUCAUAUUUUAAGUCGACUCAUGAGGGCAUUCACUUAGUCCCAAAAAUCGCUAACUACAAAGAUCAUACCAUGUCCAAUCUUUGUGAGGAAAGUUGUAUUUUGACUUGUAGAAAAUCCGUUUAUGUUAAUUUUUUUUUUCCCUGGUAGUUUUGAUUUCUUUUGUCCUUCACUAAGUUGGUCUUUAAUCGAGAUUGAUUCUGACUCAUCUGAGUUUGAUGGGACUUCUUUGUUCUGUGUAAAUACAUGAGAACAAAAACCUAUGGGUAGAAUCACUAACGAGUUAAUCACUGCGAUCAUUGUCGGAUGAUCGAAAGUAUUCAUAAGCGAUCUUAAGUAACCAACGCGAUACUACAUAAUAGAUUGACUAAUAAAUAAAGAAAAAAAAAGAAAAGAUGAAAGCAACAAAACUAUCCUCCUCGAUUGACAUAAAAUAUAUUUAUUUGUAUGAAAGUGUGAUCAAUCUUAGACUGUUCUUCAAAUUGUCUUUCACUUAAAGUUGUUCAUCGAUUUAAUAGGCCCACACAUGCAUAUUACAUAUAGUAUAAUACGUAUGUAUACAUAAACAUAACUUAUGUAUAUUAUAUAUAUACAUACAUUAAACGCGGAGGCGUAUUCGACCAUACCAUUUCAGUAAUUUUAAUUUCAUGGAACAUAACUAGUAUUGAAGCGUAAUAAGUAAUGCGAAGUUCUAAGAAUUAUAAAAGCAUAUUCCUUUUUUUAAAUAAAAUUGACAUUGGAUCACGAGCCAGUAGAAAUUGGUAUUUUCUUUUUUUUUAGUGUUUAUUUAUCUUACUCAAAGUUCUUGGAUUUAAUUGAUAAUGAACACAAACAUAAACUUCCUGCAAGACUAAGAAGAACUUUUUAAAGAUUAUUUGUGAUUACUCUAACUGAGAUUAUUACAUUUGAUUAAUAAUCUGUUCUAAUGGACGAGUAUCAGGAUCUUGUGAAUUACAAAAUGUUUGUUUCAGUAACUUCAAGUUUGUUUCUAGUGGCGAUAACUAAUGUAACAAUUUACUGUUAUUGUAUAGCACGUGUAAUGCGCGAAGAGUAAUAACGAUAUCCUCUUUUACAAAUAUAAUUUUCAACUUUUACGACUCCAUUCAACAGUUGUCUAUGUACUUUUUUGAACCUCAUUAUUCUUCUACUACGUCAACUGGUCAAAAAUAAAAUGUAUUGUUAUUUAA